AUGUUUAUUAACACGUAUGAGUUUAUUUCUAUUAUACCAUAUUGUGUUCGUCCUGAAAUACCACCAACAAAAUUCGAUGAUGAUCAGGAGAAAUCAUGUAAUGGACAGAAAUUCAUGUUUACAGAAUUAAAGUCAAGAAAUAUAAGUACCGCUGAUUUGUUCAAUUGGAAUGCAGUGAUUGAAAUAAUGGAUCUGUAUGGAAAAUAUCUUUUGUUAUCUAAGACUGGCCUUGAUGAUGAAGUUUAUUGUAAUUGUACUAAUUUGUCAAUAUUUGGAAGAUAUUGUAAAAACGUAUUUAUUUGGCGCUCGACAACCUUUGUUAAUGAAGUUCGUGAUUUUAUAGGAAGAAAGGGAACUGUAUCCAAUAAAGGAAUGACAAUUGAUUUUGUAACUUGUUACACAGAUAUUCAGUGUAAGAAUAACAUACUUUGCUUAGAUUGGAGACAGAUUUGUAAUGGCAUUAUUGAUUGUGAAGAAGGUGAAGAUGAAGCGGGAUGUUUAGAAUUAGAAAUGAAUGAAUGUAAUGCAGAAACAGAAUUUCGUUGUAAGAAUGGUAUGUGUAUACCGAAAUCAUUUGCUUAUGACCUCAUGUAUGAUUGUCAUGAUCAAAGUGAUGAACAAGAGCUACCAUUUUUGAAGACAGAACUGUGUUUUCAAUUGGCGAACUUUGAGUGUGAAGAAAAUAAUAUUGCACGGUUGCAAAUCCCGUGUGGUGACGGCCACAGUAUUAGUCUAGGAAAUUUGAUAACUUCAAUAAAUUAUGAUCUUGCUAAGUGUGUGUCAGGUUGUAUGGAUAUUUGCAAGAGCAGACGAGAUUUUAUUUACGUUAAGCAAGUGUUUUUGACGAGUGAUCAGAAUGAAUGUUGGCAAGCGAUGCUCUGUAUAACAGGAUUCCGUAAUUUGUUUCCCUAUAUUAGUUGCUUUGAUAAUCUUAUUGAACAUAUUCAGCAGUUUUGUCCUAAUGAUACAUAUUUUUUCCCAUCAAAUCCAGUUGUUUAUUCAUUUGUCUAUUUUCUUUAUGAUAAAAAUAUUGAAAGUGAUUGGCAGAAAUACACAGGUCCAAAUUUUAUCUGUUACAAUUCUAGUUUUUGUAACAUAACCGUACCAUCAAUGCUAAUAGAAAAGAAUAAUUUAACAUGUUUUGCCAUAAAUGAAACAGUUUUUAUUUGGAAAAAUUUCUAUGAACAUAUUGUAUCUUUAUUUUCUUCGUGUUAUUAUAGUGAGCGUCGAACACCUCUUAUUGCAUCUACCACCACAUUAUAUAGAUGUAAUAUAACACAUCAAUAUAUCUCCAAACAUCGUGUAAAGGAUAAAAAGCAAGAUUGUCUUAUGAAUGACGAUGAAAAUUCUAAUAUUAAUAUAUGUCCGUAUAAUUUAAAUGAUCAUUUUAAGUGUUUUACAAGAAAUGAAACAGAUUGUAUCCAAAGAAGAUUAGUAAUGGAUGGUCGAUUUGACUGUUUAGAUGGUUCAGAUGAAUAUUUUGGCCCGACACUUAAAUGUCGGCAACAUGAUAAUAUGGGUUGUCGAUUUCUACCACAAAGCACAAGUUCCACAAAUUUAUCGGUUUCUUGA